ACUCAAAUCCUAAUUAGAUACGGUUACGUUCGGAUUGAAAUUUUAGGGUUGGAGAGUGACGAUGAACUCGCUUCCAAGGAGGUUCGGGAGAGAUCAAGGAUACCUAGACCGAGACCACCGUAGAGGGAGGAGAUCCGGUUCAGACUCCGACGAAGAGCUGAAAGGAUUGAGUCACGCGGAGUACCGGAGGCUUAAACGCCUCAAGAUGAGGAAAUCUGGUAAGCACUGCAUUUGGAGGAACACGCCGAGUCCGCCUAGAGAUCCCAACGAGGUGGAGUCCGAUGAGAACGCCGCCGACGAGGAGGUUCCGGAGAAGGACGAGGAAGAUCCGAAAUCUGAGUCUGGUAAGUCGGAAUCUGAGUCUGAUAGAUCUAGGAAGAAGAGGAAGAGUAAGAGCUCUAGGAGUAAGCGUAGUAGACGAUAUAGUGAUAGCGAGAGUGAUGAUGAUUCGGAUGAGGAAGAUAGGAGGAGAAGAAGGAGGAAGAAGAAGCAGAAGAGUAGUAGGAAGAGGAGAGGACAUAGGAGGAAGAGGAGAUAUAGUGAUUCUGAUGAUGAAUCUGAGAUUAGCGCUUCUUCGUCUUCUGGGGAAGAACGUAGCAAAUCAAAGAGCAAGAAGGACACUGAUUCGAAGGGGAAGUUGGAAGAAGCGGGGAAGGAGCCUGAGCUUGACGAAGAGGAGAUGAAGAUGAUUAUUGAAUCGAAGAAGAAAGCUUUACCAGAAGAUGAAGAAGAAGAAGGUGAGGUGGGUCCAAUGCCGUUACCUAAAGCCGAAGGACACAUCAGCUACGGUGGUGCUUUACGACCCGGUGAAGGAGACGCUAUAGCUCAGUAUGUUCAGCAAGGGAAACGUAUCCCACGUAGAGGAGAAGUGGGUCUCAACGCUGAUGAGAUUCAGAGGUUUGAGGAUCUUGGGUACGUGAUGAGUGGGAGUAGGCAUCAGAGGAUGAAUGCUAUUCGUAUCAGGAAGGAGAACCAGGUUUACAGUGCUGAAGAUAAACGGGCGUUGGCGAUGUUUAACUAUGAGGAGAAGGCUAAGCGCGAGGCUAAGGUGAUGUCUGAUUUGUCGAGGCUUGUGCAACGCCAUAUGGGAGAAGAGUUGGGUCCGAAUCAUGACCCUUUUGGUGCUGGGAAGACUGAUGGUGCUGAUGAUUGAUUUGCUUAGCUUCCCUUCUACUGCUUGUGUGGUUAGGACAUCCGCUUUAUGUCCCGCUUAUUGGCUUAUCAGACGCACGAAAACAUAUUUUUCUGAUUCUUGAAGCUUUGCAAAUGGUAUUAUGUUGGUGACCGAGUCAUCUUCCUUAUGAGCUUUGAUCUCUUAUUGUUGUUGUGAGUGACUUGUGAUAUUUGAGGGGAUGUCUUUGUGGUCAUGUUAUCAUUGUCACCAUUAUUGUCACCAUUAUUGUCACAAUUCUAUUUUUGGAGCUGUGAAACAAACAAGCAUAAAUUAUUGGGUUCUCUAUAAUUAUCCAGUGCAAUAAUAAUUCCCAGAAUUUACAGGCAGAUAUUAAUAAUUGGGUUUCAAUUCCUAUAGUUUAUGAUUCCACUUUUGUGGAACUAUGCAGUGGCUGAAUCUUUUCUCAAUAAGUGCAAUAUCUUGUCAUCAGAAGACCCUACCGAGGAGAGUACCUGGACCAUAUUCAAUUAUUCAUUUUCGAAAACAAAUUAAAAAAUGUAAAAAUCAACUUUGUUACCGUUGGAUAAAAUAUCGGUUUAGACAGAGAGAGAGGAGGGAGAGAAAGCGAUGUUAACAUGUUCUAAUUUUUUUUUUUUUGACGUCAACAUGUUCUAAUUAUUAGUACUAAUUGUUGUCAAUUUAUUACACUUCAAGCAUGAACAUAAAAUAAUGUCACGUUAAGGUCUCUUAAUUUGACUAAACUCGCUUUCAAAGGGAUUAUUAAAUAUGCGAUUAUGAACAGUAAUUGAAGUUAGAAUGUAAAUAAUGUAAACGGAGAAGGACAUAAUAGUCAAAUGAAUACAUUGGAGGGUAUUACCGUAAUUUCCUCUCAGCAGAAUCAAUGAAGUAACAGUGCUACUUAAAAGGACAAAUGCUCUGUUCAUCUUCCCCUCUCUCUCAUCUCCUUUCUCUCUAACCCCAUUUCUCAGAUCCGUAGGAUCUUCGUGUGUUUUCACGGAGGCUUAAAAACUCUAAAUAGAUAUUCUCUUAACAGAUCGCUGAUCCUCUAGUGUAAAAGAAAUCAUCUUUCUCUAAUCUUCAGGUUCAAUAGCCUUUUUCUACAGCUUUGGAGACGAGCUCAGAUUCAAAGGAGUGAAGUGUUUUGGUUUUGAUUAGAUAAAAAAGUGAUCUUGUUGGGGGUAGUUAAAGAGACAAAGCUUCUUGAUUUAAUCUCAAAAAUGGAAACUCUCAUCUUAGCUGAAGAACAUUAUUACGAGAAGAAACCUCCUUCCAAAACUUUCAGGCAAAUCAACUGCAGAACGUUUCACUCCGGAGUUGGUUUGCUUCCAAGGCCACCACCACCAAAGAGAACAACCUCUUCAUCAACAACCAAAGGAGUUCACUUUCACUCUCCUCGUUCUCCCAAGUCAGUUUUGCCGUCUCUUAGAACCAGUCCCAUCCCUAUUGGUGGCGAAAGGAGAAGCCUUUCUUACUCUGAGCUGUGGGCAGGACCCACUUACUCCAACUCACCGCCACCCACUUCUGUUCCCAUCCCCAAGUUCUCUCUCCGGGGAAAGAGGACGGCCUCUCUGACCUUCCCUGAUGUUGAUCUUCCUGAAGUUGCCAAGUCUGCUCCGGUCUCUCCAACCUCGUCUGGUGAUGAUAACCCUUUUAACAGUACUGUCUCCGCCACUAUGACGCUGCGUCGCAUGCUCAAUAUUGAGUUUGCAGAUGCGUGAAGUCUUUAGGGGGAACAGGGGGUUUAGUUUUGUGGAUAUAUGAAUAAGGUGUUUUAGGCACCAAGCUGGUUUGAGUUUGUUUAAUAGCUUUUCAUGGAACACAGAAGCAGUUAGUGGUUCUCCUAUGCAGAUUUGAGGUGUUACUAAUGGUGGAGCAGGUGGUUGGUUAUAGAGAAGACUUGAUUCUUGGUUUAGAAUAUAGGAUGGCUAAAAAGUUUACCAGUCUCUAACAUAUGGUGGUGGUGCACCUUUGUAUAGUUUCUCUUUAGAGUCAGCCUUUGUCCCUUUGGCUUCUUUUCUUAAGUGGGUUAGAUUAGCUACUAGGUUCCUCUUCUUAUAUAUCUCUCCCUCCUUGUCCAUACCCCUUUGUCUACUCUCAUGCCUUUGAGUCUUAUCUUUCUUCCUCUCUUUUGCGUUUCUGUCUAGCCUUGAAGAUGUAAACCUUACUACUUCUGUUUACUGGUCUUCCUCUUCAGCUCUUUUCCUGAUUUUUUUUGUAAAGGAAGAAGGGAAUAGGAAGUUCUUUCUUGUGACUAGUCUUAGAGUGUCUCUACUGGUAAAGAUUCAAUCCUGAUGUAAGCUGAUACUUCUUCUGAAGAAAAGAUAGUCCUCAGGCUCUUCUUGAUCCCGCCUAAUCUGCUCACCAUGGACCUAUAGAAGCUGCUACUCCGCUCUGCUUUAGAUGCUUCAUCGUAGUUUCUUUGUCUCUCUACUAUCUUUGGUUAUGUUGCUAUGUUACGCAGUGGCAAGUAUUGUCUCUGUGUAUGUAUGUUUCUCGUCGUCUUUGUCUGUAGUUUGUGACAGUGUUGUUCACGUUUUACUAUCUUGUUUUGGGUUUUCAAUGUUGAAGGAGAUGUAUCCCUUGUUCCCUACAAUUAUUAGUAUCAUUCUGUAUGGUUUUGUUUAUCGUU